AAUACACACACUCCAAAGUAGUUUGUAAAGAUGAUGAGCGUUGUGAGAAUAGCGAAAAUAAUGGAAGAAGAAACAAUCGUGUACAGUGCGCAUAGAGAGAGAGAGAGAGAGAGAGAGAGAGAGAGAGAUACGAUGAUAAGGAUAGUAUAUACAGCAUUUUAAGGACGACGAUAUAAUGGUGUUCGAAUCAAGCAUUUGAGUGUACCGUGCCUCCGUUAGAUGAAGAAAUAGAUUUCUAUUUCUGUUUUAUAGGUAUUAUCGGAGGAAGGAAAGGGAGAAGUCUAGUAGUAAUUCGUACUAAAGCGGACUGAAAAGCUGCUGCGCAACAGGUGUACAAGGAUUACUGUAGUUUCGAUUACUGUAUUCUGGUUUUUAACAGAAGGCAGCUAAGGGAAUUGAACGGAAAUUAGGAUUGAGUAGAAGCUGUUCUAACCGCUAGAGUAUAGUAUGAUUCGAUCAAGUCACAAGUGAGCAGCAGCAGCAGCAGCAGCAGCAGAAGCAAUGUCAAGCAUUGUACAUCGUGGAAAGCCCCUGAAUGCUCCGCGGAACAUGUUGCCUUAUUCCGAAUGCCUCGAACAUAUUCAGUCCUGGGAUCAUCCAAGAAGGGGUAUGCAUAUGCAGGACAGGUGGAUUUUGUACGAAAAGAGUACACGUACAUGCGGAUAUAUUUUUGUGUAUUUAUUAGCUAGAUAAAUCGUAAAUGGAAAUCCUGGCAGCUGCGCUUAAAACGACUCGUGAUAUAAUAAGGUGUACGGUGUUUAGAUGAUCGAAUGAACCGUACGCAUGGCGGCACACCCCGAAGAUCAAUAAUAAUUCCUAUCGAAGAGCUUCACGAAUGGUCCGUGGCGGCGUGUGGUUCUCAUGGCUUUACGAUUCACGAUGUAUAGUAAAACGAAAUUUUAAUCGAUGACGUAUUUAGGUAAGAAGCGCCGGAACAGAAAAGUAUGAAGUGCGUGCUGCGGAGCUAUUGGUGGGCUUCCUUCCUUCUAAUUAAAGCAGUACCAUGUUUUAAUAUUGUGAGAGACAGUUUUACAUAAACACACUCAAACACAAACACACAUACAAAAAACACACACAUUCCUAAUACCUAUCUUCCAGUAAACGUAAGUUUUGUUUAGUGUUUCCUUUUUAAUUUAAACAAAGAACAAAACACCCGCCAGAAAGAAGAGUGCUGUGUUGUGCAUUGUGUAUGGUGCGCUGUAUGGUGCGCUACUGAAUAGGAUCUCUUUCAUACAUUUCCUUCGUCUCGUCUCGUAACACUUUCUGUAUUUAUGCUCUGUUUCUCUGCCCCGGAAGUUGAACGUAUUUCCCACCAUACAGAAACGCACACAUGACAUAUACGGUACUUGCGCGAGUACAUUCGGGACCGAAUUAGGAAACUAAGGACCAGGAAUGUGUAAAAGGCUCGCUCGGUUUUCUUUUUUGAUUUUUCUUUUUAAUUUGUUCGCGAAACCCGGAUACAAUCAGCAUCCCUCCCUAUCCGUUCUACUACCUAGUUCGUAGUGUUUUAAACAAAUCUCAAACUAAAAGCGCUAUAAAUGAGGAGAAGGCUGGGCUGUAGUAGAUAGACACACGAGAGAAAGAGAGAACGAAAGAGAGUCAGGGUUAGUACUGGAUGAAUGUGUAAGAAAAUGCGAUCGCGCAGAGAUCGCUAUAUGAUCAAUAAAAGAACAUCGCAUAGAGAACAUACUA